CGUGCUGCGAGGUUUUGAAGAGUUUUGUUUACAAGAUGGAUGAAUUCAAAGCCUGCGAGCUGGACUACUGCCCCGAGAACAUCCUCAUCGACGUGCUGUCCUAUCUGAGCGUACGGGAGGUCGUCAGAGCCGGGAGAGUGUGUAAGAGAUGGAAACGCCUCGUUAAAGACCAAAGACUGUGGAGACUUGUCGACCUGACUGCAUGGAAAGGGGUGACAUCCCGCAUACUUUGGCUCCUGCUGCGUCAGUACCUGGGUUGUGGACUGAGGUGCCUACGGUUGCGUGGUUUGCUGCUUUCUGCCCGAGGGGGUACCUUCCUCUCUGAGUCUUGGCUCAAAGCUUUGUCCACAAAGUGCCCUCGCCUGAGUAAGCUCUAUCUUCUGCAUGCAGACUUGAGAGCCCUACCCAGUUGCCAGCUCCUACCUCCAUCUUUGCAGGUGCUGGAGCUGUGUGGCUGUGAGCUGCCUCGUGAUUUUUUCAAGCAGACUCUCCCUUCGCCUGCUUGUUCCCAAGAAGGAGCAGAAGCCACAUCCAGUGUUGGUGCUCAACAGCAAAGAAGGGAUCAGAAAGGAAAAGGGCUUGGCUCUCCAUCAGGAAUUGGUAUUGCGAGGUUAGUCCUUAACAACGUGCCCUCUUUCACAGACCAGCAUCUGCAGAGUCUGACAUCAUGGGAGAGGCUCAGUCGACUGGAGCUGCGCGAUACCUUUCGUGUGACGGCUAACGGGCUCAGGAGCUGUGCUGCCAAGGAUGGCAUCUGUGGUGUGGAAGGGCUUUCCAGGCUCAAGUUUCUGGAAAUAGGCAUCACUGGGCGACAAGGCUACCAAUUACAGAUGGCUUCACUCGGUCUUGGUGCAGGAUGGCUCGGGCUGGAUGAGCUGAGUCUGGGUGGUAAGGAGGUUGGGCCAGGCUUGCUAUGUGCCAGCCGUCUGAAGGACCUGAAGUGUCUGUGUCUGUGGGCCUGCACGCUCAGCGAGAUGCAGAUAGUGCGGAGCUGCAGGAUGCUCCGUGGGCUCCGCCGGCUGGAGUUUUUGGACGUGAUCUUCCAGCCUCGGCAGUGUCCACCAGUAGUGGAGGGGGAGGGUGGUGAUGGAGAAGAACAGGACGAGGAAGCGGAAGGUGAGGAUAACAGCAACGACGAGAACAUGACGCUAGAUCUGAACGAUCCCAUUCCAAGUUUGCGUCGCUCAUUGGCUGUCCUGCUGCCGUCCUGCACGCUAUUUUUCACCAACUGCUCUGUUCAGAUCAAUGCGGACUGAAUGAAGUCUCCACUAGUGCUGUAUACAAGUGGCCAAUCUGGAUAACACUUAAUUUCACAUAGGCAUAUGUAAUGUUAUAUAGUGUUAUGGAUUUAAUGAAUGGCUUAAGGUUUUAAUAUUGCGUCAUGCUUAUGACUCUGCCCAGUCAUCGCCUUCAUAGUCCUCUCUCAUACAUAUUCAAGCAAUACUACAAAAAGUCAGACAACCAGUUUGGAUAACUUUCCAAAUCAGAUAUUCAGACCUUCAUGUCAACAAAAUGAUUUUAUCAUUGACCAAACAUCUACUGCAUAAUACCACAGAAAUCUGUAAGCUCUGAUGAGAUAUUUAAAUAUAUUUUCUUGCUGAAUACUUUUUCAUCUGCUAACCUCAAUAUCCAGAGGAGGAAAACCAGUUUCUAAUGUGCAACUAAAAAAACGAUGUGUUCGAGAUAAGCAAAAUAAUCCAUAUAAUUCAGGGCCAUACUUUUGCUGAAUGUGGCUUUAAUUUUGUUAUUUUGUUUUGUAAUAUUUUAAGUCAUUUUACCUUCAAACUUAAAUAGGAGCUUACUUUUAAUGGAGCUUUAUACUGACCAUACAUUUUGAUAGAACAUCAAAUGAUUAACUCUUUAUGGAUACUUUAAACAGCCAAAACACCUGAAAAAAGUUACGUGAUCACAGCGAUGACUCAAACAUCAUUUAACCGUGCUUUACUAUUUUUUUUAAGGUUAAAAUCUGACUUCCAAACUGAUUGCUCACAUGUAAAAAAUCCUAUCUCACACACAGACAAAAUAAAAUACGUUUUUAGUGUAGUGUAUAGUUAAAUGGGCCUGGUAUAUUAUAGUUAAAGUGGACCUGUCUCUGCUACACAGUAAAGAAAUAAGCAGAUAUCAGCUACUGAAGCAGAGAGCUGAAACAUACUGUUGGCAAUGAUCCACCUGUUUCCUGUUCCUUCCUUUCUUCACAACAAUGUAUACGUUCAGAAAAUAUAUCUGUUACAAGCAGCUGUUUGGUGUAACAGAAGAACAGCAUAACGGACUGUUACUCUCCCAUUUUUUUUUCUUUUUGAUUUUUAGAAAUUAUAAAAUAAGAAGUGAUCAUUUUAAAUGUGUCUUUAUUGUAUUAAUGAGGAAAGGAUUUGUGUCACCGACAUGAAUUGUGUUGCAUUUAAACCAAGCAUUUUAACCUCCUUUAAAUGUAUGAAUUAGCGGAUGUUUUAAAUAAAUCUAUUUUGAACAAA